CAUAUUAAAAUCUGAUAGUCCAACACUUUCCAACUAAAAUCUCCCCCAAAAACCCUACACGGUACACAUCUUUCUUCUUUCUCUCUCUCUAAGAAUUUCAUCUCAAAUUUCAGUUCGAAGCUCUGCAAAAUGAGAAAUCAAUGGCGUCUUCUUCUUCGCAAUCAUCACUUUCUCUCUCCAACAACCAUCUCCAGACCACUCUCUCACUUCCAGGUAACUUCCACUCCCAAAUCUUCUCUUUCUUCUUCCUCUUUUCUCCCUCAUUCCAACUAUUUUGAGCACCCUUUUCUGCGUCAUUUUUCAUCUAUUCAUGAAAAAUCCCCUGAAUCUGUAACUUUGCUUAGUAUCUUCAGUAAACCCAUUAAUGGUGAUGAGAUUAAGAACGAAUUAGAUGCUAAUAAUGUUGUUAUUACUCGUGAUCUGCUUGUAAAUGUGCUUAGAGAUCUUAAUUCGGAUCCCAAAACUGCAAUUAAGUUAUUUGAUUGGGUUUUGGAGAGGGAAAAUGGUAGUUUGAGCUCGAAAGCUUAUAAUUUCAUGUUAGGGAUUCUGGGUAGUAAUGCGCUUGUUAAGGAACUCUGGAAAAUGGUUGAUUCUAUGAGGAAAAGGGGUUAUGGGGUUAGAAAGGGUGCGUUUGAUAAGGUAUUAGAGAGGUUUGAGAAAGAUGGUUUGCAAUCUGAUGUUGAGAAAUUGAAGGGAUUGUAUUCAAAGGACCUAACUGGGGCGUCGGCUGAUACAGCGUCGGCUAGGGUUAGUAAGAUUGUUAGGAGGGAAGCUUGGGAUGAGAAUGUUGAGAAGGAGUUGAGUGUAUUAGGUGUUGAGUAUACUAGUGAAUUGGUUAAAUUGGUGUUGGAGAAGCUUAGUGAAGAGCCUAUGAAGGGUUUGAUCUUUUUUAGGUGGGUGGGGGAGAGUGGUUUGUUUAAACAUGAUCAACAAACUUAUAACGCGAUGGCGGUCAUAUUGGGUAGACAGGAAUGCUUGGAUAGGUUUUGGAUUGUUGUUGAGGAUAUGAAAAAUGCAGGGUAUGAGAUAGAGUUGGAGACUUAUGUUAAAGUCUUGGAAAGGUUUGUCAGAAAGAGAAUGAUGAAGGAUUCGGUUAGCCUAUAUGAGGUUGCGAUGAAUGGGGCAAACAGGCCUUCUCGGCGAGACUGCAUGUUUCUUUUAAAGAAAAUUGCUGUUGCAAAGGUGCUUGACAUGGAACUGUUUUCCAGAGUUGUUAAGGCCUUUACGGAUAAGGGUUUUGCUUUGGACGAUUCUAUGCUGGAUGCUGUGCUCAAAUCAUUGACCAGUGUUGGGAGGAUGAGGAUGUAUAACAAUGUCUUAGAUGCUAUGGUUAAAGGUGGGUAUAAACCAAGUGGGGCUAUGCAAAAUAGAGUUGCUUUUGAUCUAAGUAGUUCUAGGAUGAAAGAUGAAGCAAAUGAGUUUAUGGUGAAACUAGAGGAGUGUGGUAUGACCCCUGAUCACAAGACAUGGGUAUCUUUGAUUGAAGGACACUGUAUUGGUGGUGAUCUUGAGAAUGCAAAAGACUGUUUUGAAAAGAUGGUUGAAAAAGAGGAAGCCGCUUCUGCAGGAUAUGCGCUUGAUCUGUUGGUAAAUGCUUACUGCAGCCGAGACAGAGCUGCUGAAGCUUGCAAGGUACUAUCUGAUAUUGCUAACAAAGUGGACAUAAAGCCGGGGCAUACUACAUACAAGACUCUAAUUAGCAAGCUCUUGGUUCAGAACGGUUUCCAAGAAGCCUGUAGUCUUCUUGGUUUGAUGAAGAAUCAUGGGUUCCCUCCAUUUUUGGAUCCAUUUAUAACUUACCUUGUGAAGAGAGGAACUGCGAAUGAGGCCAUGGUCUUUUUCAAGGCUAUGACUGUGAACAAGUACCCAUCCACCAACGUUUUCCUUAGAGUAUUUGAAGCACUUUUGAAGGCUGGAAGACAUAGCAAAGCUCAAAAUCUGCUGGCCAUGUGCCCACAAUAUAUCAGGAACCAUGCAGAUGUUCUUAAUCUCUUUUGUUCAAUGAAGCCUGAAAAACCUGCUAAACCAGCUGCUGUGGCUACAUAAGCAUGGUAAGUAAUUUGAUUAUAUGUUGUGAAAAAUAUUUACCGGCAAAUUUUUUCCAAAUUUUGCAGUGUAGCUCAUGUGGACUUUUUGUUGAGAAUUUGAGCUGAAACAGUGACUCGUUUACAAUAAAUUUUAUUUUCCUAGAGUUUAUGUAGUUAGUCACUUGGUGCUGUAUGUCUGUAUAUAUACAAUAGUCCUUUUAAGAGCAUGUUUUGUAAGAGUGUGUUUUGGGUUGGAAACGGAUUUAAUUAAACCAUUACCGUUACCAAGUGUUUGGUUA